AAGAAAUUACGUGUGACUCUUCUAAAGCGUUACUAACAGCGUCUAUUAGAGUAUUUACUAACUGCAGUUCUAUUAAUCAAUACGCAAAUGAGUGUUGGGGUAAUACCCCUCCGAAAGAUUGUUACAUUCGUAUAGACGUUGCGCACUUUAUUAAAGGAUACUCAAGCUUUCUGUCAAAAAUGAAUCCACGGGUACGAAAAUUCUAUUUGGCUUGUAUUGGUCAAUUGAUACUGGCAAGAUCCUUGCACGUGGCAGAGAAAAUCAUAUUCUGCAUUUUUGGUAUCGCAAGAACCGAAACUGAGGGAAGCCUUUCAAGCGGAGAACUUGCUCCAUGCGAAACUUAUAAGAAUACCAUGAAAGGGUUUCUGACAAAUGAGAUAAAUCUCGAAGAUGUUGAGCCUAAUGAAGACACAUCGGAUAAUGAAACUACCGAUACAGAAAACGAAGAGCCGAGUACGUGGGGUAAAUGGGCAACUGAAAUUAACGAUAAGGUUACAUCUGCUCUUGUAGACGAAGGCGAUCGCGAAAACGCUCACUGCUUCCCAAAACUUGUAGAUCGUGUUUUACGUGACAUGCAGUGGUUUCCUUUGUGGUCAAGCAUAAGCCGAGAUAAAUUCGGUUACGGUAGAGUUCCAGCUUCCAGCGCGGCUGUAGAAGCCGAAUUCAAUAACAUAAAGAAUAGAAUUUUUUCGAAUAUAACAUUGCCAAUAAGGGCUGACUUAUUCGUUAAAAGACACGUAGACUACAUCAACGGUCGACUCAAAAUAAUAGAUGCGAAAGAAACACAUACUCAACCCACUGUAGAAUGUACCAAAGUAAUUGAAAGCGAAGAAAAUCUUUCGGAUCAUCAAGAACACCCAAUGGAGAUAGAUACCGGUAGCGGAGAAACGAAUAAUUGUCCGGCAUGCGCAAACGGUGAUUUGCCAAGUGGAGCCCAUACCUGUGCGCUUUGCGGAAAAGCCGUUCACGUUUUAGAAAUGUGUUCUGGAACAAUAGGGAACGAUGAAGGUUAUGGGGAAAAAAGAAUUUGUAAGGACUGCCAAAAAUUACCACGAAAUACUGUAGAAACUGUAGUAGACAGCGGGUUUAAAGAAAACUGGCGCGGAUUGUCUACGACGGUGCAAAAAAGGGGUGCGCGGUAUCUCCAACGUGAUUAUACUGCCAACGAAUUUAUCGUCAACUCCAAAAUCACGAAGGUGCCUGUAUUAAAGGGCGGAAGUUUUUGCGAACUCAAGUCCGUCAAUGUAGGAGGUAGGAAGCUGAGUUUGAUCAGGACCUGCGCAUUUGACAGCAUAUUCCAGAUAUUUUUAGCCGCUGUCUUAGACAGCGAUGCAUUUAAAGAAAAAGCGUCGGAUCUUGCAACAAGACAUCUAUUUUUCAAGAUGAUUUUGGAUACGUCGGAUGCUGGAAUCAACAAGAACACUUAUUACCUUCGCGCGAAAAUCUUGAGUGAAGUUUUUACACAGCAAAACAGUCCGAACAACUGUUAUCUAAUAAAUUGCGAAACAACGUCGGGCCCGUUGUGCUUAAAACUGUUCAAGAGUAUUGUGGGAAUCCAAGAAAUCUCAACAUGCGUUAAUGGCUGCCUACCACGAGUCAAUGAUUUGAUUCAAGUCAACCGGAAAGACCUUUUACGAUCAGAUUACCGAAUUCGCGUCGAAGAAGGAUUCGUUAUAUCGGAUCCGAAGCAAUGUCCUGGCAAAGACUGUGACGGAGAGGAAAUGACUACGCUAUCGGUGAAAGGUGGCGUUGUGAUAUUCGAAACCUAUGACCUAAAUCUCUUGGACGAAACCUCAGAUGAAACCUUCAAUCCAACUUCGGAUGAAACUCGUACUUACUUGCGUCAGAUUCCGAAAAGCAUCCGAUUAUCGUUUAUGGAAUCGGAAUUUGACUUGCGAGGAAUUGUUCAUUUUACACCACCAAAAGGUGCUGUUAUGACCCGCUCUCCCCAAUCGACCGCUAUAGGUCAUUACACCGCAUUCUGCCGCAGACGAGAUGGGUCAUGGUGGGAAUACGACGAUUGUAAAAAGGCCGGGCAAAAAGUAUCCGAGGAAACAAUUGUCAACCUACAAUUAGUUAUUUUCACUUGCUGACCAUGGCCGAACAAAACCAUAAAAUAAAAGUUUAUUUUCAUUUCAAACCUCCUUAUUCAUGUGAACUGAGAACGAUUGCAAAGGCCGUUUAACAAAGGUAGAGAAUAAGAAGUGUGAUUGAAAUACCGGAAUACUUUGAACAGUUAUCAUCCUUUCAGUAGCAACUCUAUUAUGACAUUGAAGUUUGCAUCGUUGAAACGCAACGAAAUUCAACGUAAAUUUAAAAAAAAUAUACAUAGCAUAAAAAUGAUCCUACUAGCAAGGAGACGACAGAGCUUCGAUGUCGCGAUUUGGGUUCUCCUUUCGCGUGGUGAAAGUCGAAGACCUCCGAAUCAACGUCGUUUUUGAUUUUUGUUCCAAUGGGCCUUCGUUCCCGAGAUAUCGCGAUUUGAAAAUUUGGGAAUUUCGGACGGAGUUUGGCUUGCGCGUAGAGUACGUUGAGCGUUAACGCGUUUACCAACAACGGUCGUAGCUCAUACGGUAAGACGACGGACUGGCACUCUGUCAGUUCUUGGUUCGCGUCCCCGUGCUUUUUUUUUUUUUUUAAUUUUUUCUUUUUUUCAAUUUUUUUUCUUUUCAAUUUUAUAAUCUCUCAUCAGACUUUGCAUGCGUAGGUAAAUGAGAAAAUUCGAAAAUAUAUAUUACUAGUUUUAUCUAUCUAUUAUAUUAAAAUAAUUAAUCCAACAAUGAAGUCACAAUUACAUAGCAAAAUAAUAUUUCAUAACGAAUAAUUAAUUCAUCAAUCAUGUCACAAUAAGAAAGCAAAAUCAGAUGAACGAGCAGCAACCACAUUUAAUCUUGCGGAUUUUUCCAUUUUAUAAAAUAUAUAUUACUAGUUUUAUUUAUCUAAUAUAUUAAAAUAAUUAAUCCAAUAAUAAAGUCACAAUUACAUAGCAAAAUAAUAUUUUUCAACUCGGCUUCGCCUCCCGUUUUGAAAAAAUUGAAGGUAUUAGGAUGUGUGUGUGUGUGAUGAAUUUUUUGUCCGUCGAUAUCUCAUGAAAAUAUUAAAAAUCCGUUCAAUUGUUUAUCUCAAUUUAUCGCAUUUGCUUUGAGUUAGAAUUAACUGAAAUGCAAAAUUAAUUAAUGGGGAUGAUUGCGAGGGGCUAGACUAACUCCCGAAAUCAUGGCGUCACUCUGUGAUGAAAUCAAUUUGAAAUCACAUCGAAAUCACUGAAUUCACCGUAAUCGGUGAAGUCAGGUGCCUUCAACUUGCUGAAAUCAGUUUUGAAAUCAUCUCAGAAAUCGUCUGAAAUCAACGAGAUCAAUUGAAGUCGAUGGAUCAAAAUCCAAAAUCACUUGCGUGAGUCGGGUCACGAGCAUAAUUUUGAAUUUCGAAUUCGACGAGUCUACCAAUCACAAACAUGAAAUCUCGCAUUCACUCGCGUAUUCUCAUUUUUUGAAAUCCCGUAUUUAAUUCCAAAGAUACUAUUUAUUCGCGAGUUCUUUGAUAAAGCUCGAGAAUGGAGCCAAGAUCAUCUAGCUGACUCGUAUUGUUCAGUGAGUUGGUUUUAAAGAUUAACAACCGCCUGUUCUGCCCCACUCUCGUGCGUUCACUCAAAUAUUUAUCAAUCGUAAUUCAGUGAUUCCAUUCCAUCUGAAAAAUUUGAUUUCAAAUUCAUGAAAUCAUUCGAAGUCAGUUGCAGACACGAAAUCAUGCCGUAUGACACUCAAAAUCAUUGAAAUCGAAGCCAUUCAAAAUCAUUGAAAUCACAGACUGGAAUCGCCCGAAAUCAGCUGAAAUCGACUUCAUUUUUGAAGUCAUGUUGUCACUCAAUCGUGGAGUUUAUUAUUGUUAUUAUUAUUAUUAUUAAUAUUAUUAUUACAUAUUAUUAUUUUUAAUAAAAGAAAAUCGGCGAUAGUUAAAAAUUAUUCGCAGAUAGUUUCGGAUGGUUCUUGAUUGGUUUGUAAUUCCUGUCAUCAUAUUUUUCCAAUCCGAUCAACCCUGAGCGAUUUGGCGGCUGAAUUCGCGGUAA